AAAAAGUGUGUCUAAAAGUGUGAAGACGAGACACUUUUCAUUUUAUAGAGAAAUGUUUGAUCUACUCAAUUAUCUAGUUGUAGUUUUAGAUUAUUUUCUAACUUUAUUGCCAUAGUUCUUUGAAAAAGAGCAUAAAAAGGAGACCGUUAGCUGGAGAAGCCGAUUAGUAAAUGUUCAAUUUGAAAAAUAUGUAUAUGUAUGCAUUGAAUAGAGACAUUUCAUUCAUUCUUCGUUUAUAUGGUUGAGAAGCUUGACUAUUACAAUUGCCUUCUCGUUGUCGUUUAGAACGCUUGUAUGCUGUUAGUGGUGGUAGUUUGGGCAAAAAAGCGCUAGGAUAUACGUUCAGUGUUGAUCCCGAGUCAUUUGGUUUAUUAUUAACAAUAUGGAAACCAGUAGAAAACUUUGGUGAACCACAUGAUGUUGUUGUAAAUAUCAACAGUCUUCAAGUAUUUGUUGGUGAAAUUCGACCAAACCGUAUCGAUGUAUUUGAUAUAAUUAAUUAA